GGAAGUGAAGCAAAGGAUUGGAAAGAUUGAUGAAAGGGACCCUCGAACCUAUCCCGUGUUGAUGCACAUAGAACAAUAUCUCGCAAAGCAAAUGGAAAAAGGUCGAGAGGUAGAAACCAAGAUCUCUUGUAAGAAACAUAAAGAGAACAUACUCUCCAUUCAUAAUCAAUGGCUUAGUGACGCAAGAGUUUUAAGAUAUCUCGAGGCCUGUAAUGACCCGCAAAAGGCAGCAGAGAAGUUGGUAGAAACCUGGCAAUGGAGAUGUUCGCUUCCCAACAAUGCUAAUUUACUUAAAAAGCUACAUUACUAUGUUGCUAUUGGCGACUUUCGUUUUAUUGGAAAAGAUCAACAGGGACAUCCCGUUGUUUAUAUUCAUUGCAAUAGCGACAAAUUCGACUUGGAAUUUUUAUCUUGUAUUUUGGAAACGUUGGAUACUUACUUGGAUGAAAACGGUGCUUAUGCUGGAAGUUGGGUUUGGAUUCUGGACUGGAGAAAGAGACAACCUGAAAAGAAGGAAGACAGCAGUUCAGUUUUACCCAUAGAAAACAACAAAAUGGGAUCCUUUUUGGAUGCAGUUAAAAUAUGUACAAAGCACUAUCCUGGACGUCUACAGAAAGCUUUCGUGAUUGGUGCUCAUGGGCCAUUAUUGACACUCUUUCAUAUGUUUGCCCAUCGUGAAACCAAAAAGAAAGUUGUUUUUCUUCAACAGGUCAACUCGACUACAACAUCUUCGGAGCAAGUUGAAGAAUUGAUGAGUCGUAGUCAUAGAACGGAAGAGUUUAAUCGGGCUCUUGCUAAUGCAGGUUUUCUUUGCAGUUGUAGUAAUACUUUCAACUCGCAUUCUCAUGCCUCACAAGAAGAGAGUUCAACUGUAAUGUUCAAUAACUUUACUAGUUUUUCUAGAAAAGCUUGUUGGCUUGUCAUGAUAUUUACAUUAUUAUUGUUGUUGUUGUCGGUAGGAGUCCUGAUUUUCGUUGAGUUUUUUGGGAAUAUCUUGAGUUGUACACGAUUAUAUCCCAACAUUAACUUCACUCUUAUAUCGCGUUACAAAUCUAUUGAACUUUGAUAGAUACUUUGGGUAGGACAAAUGC